CGGCAAGCUAACACGAUAGUCAGUGAAUUGUGUUCAAAGUGGACAGUCCAUGUCGAUUCGCCCCCGCAAUGCCGCAAGUUUCCGUGAAUUUCAAAUAUCGUGAACUUAAUCGCAAACUUUUGAGUGCAUUUUUCUGAACAAAUUAGCAAACUAUUGGCUAUGUGAUUGAUUUGGGUUUCGGGACUUUUUAGUGAAAUCGUGCCGCGAUUUUUGGUUUGCUGUGACAUUGGAUCGUAUUUGGUUUUUGCAUCAGAUCAAUCAACAGCAUCAGGAAGCGCAACAUUUUUAAGAUCUUACAUCCAAAUAUGGUAGACGCGAUUCAAGAAGACACUGAGCCACCCUCUGAUCAGGGCAUGCUAUAAGUUUUCGCUACGCAUCAGUCUGGGAAAAAAGGCUCGUCCAGAUGUUCCAGACUAACAGUCCACGUUUAGAUUCCUGCCGAAGAGCAUCGUUUUCCUUGAACAAGUGACCAAACUAACAUACAGCCAAUACCCCGUCUUGUGCUGAAGAUAAUGUGACUUUUAAUCGUUCCCUGGAAUGAAAGUGUUCAACCUCUCAAUGAUGCUUACAGUACAGUUAAAUUAUGUGCUUUUAAUCUUAAGUUUGUUCGCGACGGUGUGCUCGUUUCCUUCCACCCCGUUGAGCCGCAAGAAUCAGGAAAUUUCGUGGGAAGCUUGGCUAUUGGUGGAUGAUCAGAACCAAAACCGACAAACCCAAGGAGAGCAUAUGCCGAAGCAUCGCAUCACCGCAAAAAGUGUUUUUGUCGCCCCCACCUUUUCACCAAAAGAUCUUCCGCCUUGUGCUGAGGGCUACAACUCCGAUUCGAUGGGGCGUUGCAUCAAAAUUAUUAAGCUCAGGGAAGAUAAUCAGCUAACGUUUUUGCUGAGCAAACUCAACGCUGAAUUUGGAUCAGAACUGGAUUAUGAUAGCAUACCUGAAGAGCCCAAUUCUGCCCCUACCAAGGUGGAUAUCCCUUUAAUUAUGGACUUUGGCGAUGAUUAUGGUAGUGAAUUUGAAGAAGAACAUGACAUGGCCAUCAUUGUCACCCAGACCGCAAAGUCCAGUGAUAAUAACGGAGAGGACAAUAACACUAAAUUUGACAAGAGAGACCAAAAACUGCAUGUAGAUGUGCUGGAGGAUGAGCUGAAAAAACUAACUAAAGUUACGACUGAAAAAUACCAAGUGAAAACUGAAACUGAGCCAAUGAGCACUACUGAAGUCGAAGAAUUAUCUACCAGUCCAUACUCAACUCCUGAAAAAACUACCACGAUGGAGGAUAACGUGGAUAGUACGAUCACGCCUACGACCAUCAUUAUGCCCACCGAAGAAACCACUAUCGUUGAUUCAGAUGGUUCCUACAGUCAAACGGAAUUUUCCGAUACUACUACGGAAAUCUCCACUACAACUACAACUAAUUCAGAAAGUACAUCGGUCCUCCCUAUUACAACAGAGGAAAGCGAAACAACUACACUUCCAAGUAGUAGUGGAGCAACUUCAACUACACCAAAAAUUACCACAUACCACCCGGUGGCUACCACCUAUCACCCAUAUUUCGACCUUGGCCAAGUGGCAAACGCCCGAACGAAAAACUUCGUAAAAUUCCCAAGCGAAGAAGUGGUCAUGCCUCGCAGUCAUCCAAAUGGAAACUACAUCAGAUUCCCCGAUUUCGACUCCAAAUACCAACAAGAGAGUUUAAUCCAUCAUACCAGAGAUGUGGAUGACCAAACUGGCAAUUUCUUCAACGAAAUUGUAACGCCCGAGCCUUCGGAGCAAAUCCAAGGAAUUCUUCUGCCACCAAAGAGGCACUACAACUUUGACGCUAGGCGCGUAGACGGCGAAUUGCCAGCAGAUCUGCAACGCCGUUCUAAUCCAUAUGGAAAAGCGCAUGUUCUUCCAGAUAACGAGGAACAGUAUCAAUUUCCAUUUGCAACUACAGAACAAUUUGCAAACAAAAGAGCCAGAGAAAAAUAUGGCAAUACUAUGCCACCAAAAUGGUCGUCCGAAGAUAUUCACAAGCCGAUCGUCUUAAGGUUUUCUAGAAAGCACUUCAAUUUUAACAACAACAAAUUUAAAAAUUCCGAAUUUUACAGGUCUCUUCCCACGGAUGACCUUACCUAUUUAUUUGGCCAUAAAAAUGGACACACGAGUCAUAGGUAAUACUUUUUGCAUAACUAAUAUCAGGAAUGUUAACGCUGUAGAUUUUGUGUAUAUAUAUUUAGUGUAUUUAUUCAAGUAGCUGUUUUGUAGUUUCCUUGGAAAAGACGGUUGUUUUUUAGUGACAGUUUAAUAAAUGAUGGAAAUAUGAUUAGCCAAAAUGCGGCAAGAGCUGUACUAUUAAUUAGCUAAGUAUGCCAUAAUUUGUCGAUAUAAUAUCCAAAGCAUGCCAAUAUAACAUUACAUCUCUUGCAACUACAGCUUUUUAGUCAGAUAAAAUUCAACCAAACUUUUCCAACGUUCUGUAUAUAAGGUGUCCAUGAAAUAUUUUGCAACCGUUAGAUUAUUAUUUAAAUAUGUAAAUAGGUGCUGCUAUAAUUUGCUGGUGAAUGAUUGCAUGCGUUGGAUAUUGUUUGUUUUAUGGCCAUCCUGUAUAUCUGUGUCGAUGUUGUGUAAAUAAACGUAGAGAAAACUUAGUCAAUUAAUUGUAGGUAACCUACCGUAACCCAAAAAUAUAUAACCAAUACAGUACAAGUUGAAAAAGUCUUAGCUAAGUAUUUUUUAUAUUUUGUAAUUUUAGAUAUUUUUUUGCAAUUUGCAACAUUUAGUGCAAUAGAACAUUUUAACUCUAACCAUUUCAGUUGUAAGUUGUACAGUAAUUUUAUUAAAGAAUGGUUCAGUAUUUUUCGUUGUAGAAAAGUAAUUAGAAGCAAAGCACCUAUUUCAGUUUUUAGUUUACUUUAGUCGUAGGACUCGUUUUUCGCUGUUUAUUUGUUUUUUCGCCACCGAACAUGUUUACCAGAAUCAUUCCGGUUUUAUUUUUAUUAUAAAACAAUGGCAUAUGAUUUAUUUGCAUUAACGUUUAGCAAAGUUACUGUACAUAUAAGACAAAACUUUUAAAACAUCACGUCUAAUUCUUAGUAUUACGUUUAGUAAUUUAUUUAUUAUUUAUUAUUAUUUUAUUGUACUACCAGAUUGCUGGUCAGAUCUAUCAAUAGUAAUUGCAGACCAAUUUCGUAGAAUGUCGUAAUAAUCAGUUGCUUAUAAACAGAUGUGUGUUUUCUUGUUUUUGUUAGAAAUAUUAAAGUAUUAUAAACUAAUUUUAUCAGCCAGA